CGGCAGAAGAGAUCACUUGGCCGCCAUGGCGCACGCCCGCGCCGUCCGCGCGGGCCGCGCCCGCGCGGGUUCUGCGGCGGGCCAGCGCCGGCCUGUGCGCCGCGCUGUGAAGCGGAAGCGUGUGGCGCCGCAAGCAGCAAGGCCAAAGAGGUCGCCCAAGGCGCCGCCCACGGCGCAGGCCGCGGAAGAGAGUGAUGAGGAGUCCACAGAUGAUGAGGACAGUGAUGAUGAGGAGAUGGAAAAAUGGGAGGAGAAGCUGCUGGAAAUGGAGGAGGUGCUGCCCCGGGACAUGCAUCCCCGCGCGAGGGAGGCGCCGCACCUGGUCUCCAAGGCAAAGAAGGUGCCUUACGAGCUGGCGAUACCCACCUACCAGCGCUGGAUGCCAGUCUGCCAGAUGAGCAAGAAGCAUCGGUUUCGCAAGUGCAAGAUGCCCUUCAUCUUAGCGCACACGCUGGGCAUGCUCUCCAGGCAGAGGAUCCCCGUGUCCCGAGUCACACUCUUCGUAGCCAACGAGACGGAGCGUGGGCACUACCGCAAGGCCUUGCAAGAUAGUGCCUGGGAGAAGGUGCGCAUCGAGCUGUCGGUGCUGGGCAACAAAAACUCCAGGAACUUCAUCAUGAAAUUCUUCCCUGCUGGCACCUAUGUGGUGAGCAUCGACGAUGACGUGGAGAGGAUCAGCUGGAAGAUCCAGGAGGGCAUGACGCACCACGUGCUGCGGACUCUGCCGCCUGGCUCGCUGGAGACCAUCAUCUUCGAUGCCUACAAGCAGAUGCGUGAUCACAAAGCCUUCCUGUGGGGAGUUUCCACCUCGCAGAAUGCCCGGCACAUGAAGACGUACGGGAUCUCCAAGCGAAAUGGCCUGGUCAAUGGGUAUCUCAAUGGAUACAUCAGCCGCCCUCAAUGCAAGGAACUCUUCCGGACCCUCAGCGACGCCACGGAGGACUCCGAGUUCGCGGUGCGGCACUUCGCCAAGGACGGGGUGGUGCUGCGGUACCGCAUGUAUGCUGGCAUUACCAGCCCCUACCUCAACAGAGGUGGGCUGCAGAAGAAGUUCGAGGUCAAAGGCGAGCGCAUCUCCGCAGAGCAGCGCAGCGAAGCGCGGAAGAAGGAGGAGCGCUGGGGUGCCCUGGAGCUCCACAGGAUGUUCCCCAAGCUCAUUGGACUGCCAAAGAAGCGUCGCGACAAGAAGACGAUGGAGGUAUGCUUUUAUAGCAUGGGCUAUCCUCCGGGCGAGGGCAAGAAGCGUAUUGCGCCUCAACUCAUGGACACUGACCGCGUUCGCUACUGGCAGCAGAACCCCAAGGUUCUCGGCUGCCAUGCUUACAAGCUGUACGAGGGCUACAAGACUGCGAGGACACUGCGGGAGGCUGUGAGCCUAGGGGCCAGGCCCAUCGACCUGGCCCACGACUACAACUGGGGCUUUCUGUCUGUGGUUGACCUCUCCCUGGACUUUCCCUACGAGGUGGAGCUCCAGGAGCCCGGGAAGCGCCAGGCGGCCGCGCACUUCUUCUGGGCCAAGAGCUCCGAGAAGUUUGUGAAGGUGCGCAUCAAGGAGAUGAGCCUCGGCCACGGAGGCUUGGACAUCAAGAAGGAAUCUUUGCAGCUGCUGGCGGAGAAGGUCCCCGACCGCUUCAGAAAGCUGACGCCAGAGGACUUGCGGAAGGAGGGGGGCCUGCUGAGCAAGAUGCCGCUGGUGGUGCUCCGCUCGCUGCUGCGUUGGGCAAAGACUGGCUCCUUGCGCUAUGAGCGGAGAAAGACAUGGGCUGUCUACGAUGCUCUGAAGGUGCUGGGGCUCACCUGGCUGGCCAGGCGUGUGAAGCAGCGGGAGGUGGAGGAAGCCAAGGCUGCAGACAAAGAGCCGAAGCGCAGGGCCCGCAGCCUCGGAAAGGCAUGGCGUUGAAUGGUUGGCUUGCCGGCAAUUGCAUGAUGUUCUGGCCACCUUCUUGGGACUUCUAAGAGGCAGGCCUUUCAGAAAUGGCUGACAUAGGCUUCUCAGAUUUGCUUAGGAGUCAGACUUGCAAGAGCUACAUCUCCAACAGCCUUUGAAGCAUCACUUCUCUGGUAUGUUUUGGGACCAUUGCUUUGGCUUCAAACCACUCGUUUGAAUUACUCGCCGUAUCUUGACACGCGAUUCACCUGCCCAGAUGGGGCAAGCAACCGCUCGCAAGCGGCAGGCAGGCAACGGACUUGUUGAAACUGACCGAGGUGGAUUGGAACUCAAAGCUUCGGCAGCUCCUUUGCACACACCAAUCACAGCCACAGCCUUCUGUCUAGGUUUCUUGAGUUCCAAGCAUGCCAGAACUCAAACAUGUCCCUGGCAAGAAUGAAGCAACAGCCUCCCAAGGUUGAUCCCAAGAUGCUUCUGUUACUUCCCUGGUCACACUUCCCACUUGCAGCCCAAGCCUUGUCCGACCCAGCUAUUCUUUCAGGCGAAGCGUGGGAAGCAGGCCGUUGGGCACUCGAGAGCACUUUGGCCUCAGUAAACCAUGGAGUCGACCCAUUCUCUGUAUGUAAC